CACGGCAACUCUGCCGUGGCAUCAUCGGCUAACAUGCACCCGAUCACGUUCACGCAGGUUGGUGAUCGCAAAUACGGGUUCCGUAGUGACUACGUUGCCUUAGUUGUGUUGCCGUGUCCACGGGUGUUAGUCCAGUGUGUUUAUGAUUGUCUGUCUGUGACGGGCAUGCUACUUAAACUUUCCGGUGAUGUUGAAGAAAACCCUGGGCCCAUAACUGAAAAGAUGUUUUUUGAGAUGCUCCAGACACAAAAAGAGAUCCUUAAAAAGGUCAACGAAAUUCAGGUAAAACAAGACACUUCGGAAAUCAAUAUACAGAAGCUGCAAAACAGGCUGGACACGAUUGAGGAAAAAUUACAAAUGGUCGAUGAAACUAGUGGCAGGCUUGGUCAAAUUGAAACCAGGCUUACCGGUCACGAUCACGAAAUUACUUCUUUAUACAAACAAGUCGACGAUCUUGAAAAUCGAUCCCGGAGAAAUAAUUUGAUAAUUAGAGGUAUCAGUGAAGCAGCACCAGAAACGGAAGAAGUCCUUGUGAGAAGCGUAACUCAUGAGGUAUUUGAUGGUAUACUGAAAGUUAAGGUUGAUUCCAUUGAAAGAAUUCACAGACUUGGGAGGCAAAUACCCGGUAGAAUUCGGCCUGUUAUUGUGAAAUUCGCUGAUUUUCGGGAUAAAAUGAAAAUUCUUAACAAUUGCUCCAAACUAAAGGGUACCCAAAUCAGCAUUAACGAGGAUUUCUCAAAAAGAGUUGUGGAGAUACGCAAGCACCUGUGGAACUCUACUGCAGAUGAAAGAAAGGAAGGCGCAAAGGCUAGAUUGGUUUUUGAUAAGGUCAAAAUAAACAACGUUCUCUAUGCCUGGGACGAGGUUAGAAACGAAAGA